UUCUUCUUCCUCCUCGGCUAUGCCAUCCUGGGCUCUGCCUCCCCCCUCGCCGGCGUCGCCCCCUCCAACUCUACGUCUCCCCUAUACAACUCCACCGUCAUCGUCGCCAACUCCACCGUCUUCAUCGCCAACAACAGGACGCUCGCUGCCAUGACCAGCUUCCACGGCGCCAACAGCACAAUCAAACUCUCCGCCGCCGCGGCCGCCGCUCCCCAAGACCCGCCGGCCACGCCGCCGAGCUUGAACGACCUGCCGGCGUGCUGCGUGCCGUGCGUCCAGGACGGGAUCAAGAAGACGACGCAGUGCACGUUUGAGGACGUGGCUUGCAUCUGCGAGAACAAGACCAAGAUUGGGAAGUCGGCCAAGGAUUGUGUUGUUAGCGAGUGUGGCUUGAAUAACGCCAUCAAAGUUGUUGCGCCGGCGGUGAAGAAGUUGUGUGACAUGGAUGAUGAUGAUGUGGAG